AUGCCUCCAAAACAGAAGCCAGGCCGCCAGCAGAACGCAAUCCAGGGAAAUGGAGACACUCCGAGCAGCCGCGAGCAGGAGUUAGAGGCGCAGGUUGCGGAAUUGCAGAAGCAAUUGCGCAUAACAAUGAGCAAUCAUCGAGAGCAACUUCAGACCGCGAACACUUUCGACACGAACCACUACAUUGAGGUCAUGGAUAGGGUCGAAGAGCUACAGGAACAGAACGAGCAGCUAAAAGCGAAGCUGAACGAGGCUCCAGAAACCUUAGGUCGUCAAGGCCAGGAGCAGUCGACCGCAGACCAUCUACCCAUCUUUGAGCCUGUUAUCGUGCUGCCUAAAGAGCUGAAGCCAUCCAAGGAUGGCCACACUCUGCAGCUGAUCGAUCUGUACACUCGCAAGAAGGAGGAACUGCUGCAGCACAAAGAAGGGGUCGCAAAAGAGCGGCAAGAAACAAUUGAAGCGAUCUAUACGGCUAGGCGCCGAAUCCGCGAGUUCAAAGCGCAAACUCGAUCAGCGCACAGUCAAGGCGCUGACUCUACCCAGCUCCAGAUGCUCGCGACCUAUGAUGUACCGCAAGAAGUCCCGGCCUCUGAGCAGUCUCUUGAGCAUCCACUCGACGCGCAUAUGCCUCUGGAGCCGCCGCCCAUCGACGCAUAUCCCGCGCUCACAAGCAACCACCCGAGCACAUAUAUGGGACCGAGCUCCUCCACACCCCUGAUUGUAUAUUCUGAGGUCGGUCAAAAUGUGGCGCAAACAUUGAAGUUCGUCAGAUACAGGAAUGUGAGCAGCUUCGAGAAGAACGAGCAGAACGUCUCGGAUGCGGAUGGAGAGGAGGACGAGCACAAAGAUGGCGAGAGCGUUUCAGGAUACGACGAGUCAGGCACUGAGUGA